UAAUACCGCACUUCUUCAAAGCUCCUGAAAACAUUGUCUGGAUAACGAGGUUCUGACGACAUGCAAGGACAGAAGAAAUCUCCCAACGGUUGGGUUUGGCUGCAAGUUGCAGUUAUCAGUAGUGUGUUAUCCGCAGCCGCAAACCAAGACUCGCCGCCGGCAAUCAGCUGCCAUUUAGUAAAGAUCAGUAGUCAGGCACAGGUUUCCCGUUCUACAGACAGGACCAGUGACCUGGGCUGUUAUAUGAUUUCCCAGUAUGCUUACAAAGCAGCAAUGGAGGUGGAAGUCAAUUUAUUUGAAUCUGUGUCGCUGGAAGUCUUGCAGAAUAUAAGUGAUGCAGUGUCAUCUGUUUGGUUGUUGAGGAAGAACGAUAUGGAACAUCACAUGCAAUCAUCAGAGAGCGCUGGGGUUUGUUCUCUGGAACUUAUACGAGUAUUAGAGAAACAUGCUGGUGAAUACCAACUUUCAAUUCAUGAUGGGAUGUCCACCUACACCGUGCACUUUGGGGUGAGAGUAAAAAGUAAACCAAGAAAGCCAUAUUUUAUGGAGACGAAUAAGAUGGUGAGCUGUGUAUCGGAAAGCUAUCCUAAACCUUCCCUUGAAUGGUUAUUCUGUAAUGAUCCUCAUGGCAGAUGUGACAACAAGACAGGAGACAUUCAUUACAGCAACACAAACAUUUACGGAGUGACGAGGGCUGCCCAUGAUCUGCCGGCACGCAAGCUUUUGCAGGAGCGUGUCUGGUGCUGUGCCGCUAAUAGCCUUGGAAGGGAAUGUACGCAGCUAUAUACCCUGGAUCUCGGAUUUGAAAGAUCUACACCUGGAAUAUUUCUUAGAAUUGGAGAUCCUUUUAUAAUGCGAUGUCGAUAUACGUACGAGUCAUUUGACUUUGGAAUUGAGUGGGAUUUUGAUCAUAAAAAUGAGAUAAACUGUUUUGAAGAGAGUGAAUACCUUUAUGGGACUUCAUCAAUGGUGAGAGUAUCCUUCCUAUCUUUUUCUUGGGCGGACCAAGGAAGCAGCGGAAAAUACACUUGUGUCUCUUCAAAUCUUAACAAGUCCACAGUGGUUACUGUAUUAGACAAAGGAUUUAUUGAUCUAAACACAUCUAGGGUAGAGUACAGCAUUGACAAGACAGCCGAGUUCUGCUUCGUUGUGGUGUUUAAAGCAUAUCCAGAUGCACGAUGUGCAUGGAAUCAUGGCUCAGAGAUCUUCUCAUGUGACUUCAUUACUGCAGAUGGACAAAGCACCGCUAAAUUCUGUGAUCAUAAAUACACGCCUGGAGAGUAUAUAUUCUUUAUAGAAAAUGAUGCUUUGAAUCUCAACAAAACCUUCACCUUAAAUAUAUUACAAAAGCCUGAUGUGCAUCGAACUGUGACAAAAGACCUUAUUUCUUGUGUGGCAUAUGGUAACCCUGCACCAGUUUGGACAUGGAAGAGGGAUUUUGAUAAUUUGCUCAACUGCACUGAAGAAAUCUUGUAUGGCGUCACAUAUGAAGACCCGGUACACACGUCGGACGGAUGGACAUCCAGCAGUACCUUAGAUAUCAAAAACAUGACCAGGACAUUAAUUGUCUGCUGCUGUGCUGUGAACUCUGCUGGAUCAUCGUGUGAAGCGACAUUUUUUAAUCAUCUUGAGGUGAAGCAUGUGCUUGAUGUCCAGAAUAAGUUUCUUUUUCCUGUUGUAAUUGGGUUUUGCAGUAUUUGCAUUGUAGCUUUAAUUUGCCUGGUUUUCAGCAAGUACAAAAAGCAAUACAAGUAUGAGAGCCAACUCCUGAUGAUACAGUACACAGGACCCUCAGAUAACGAAUACAUAUACAUCGAUUUUAGAACCUUGGAGUAUGAUUUAAAAUGGGAGUUUCCCAGAGAAAAUCUGGAGUUUGGUGAGGUUCUUGGAUCUGGUGCCUUUGGGAAGGUGAUCACUGCUACAGCAUAUGGGAUCACCAAGCCGGGAGUCUCCUUGCAGGUCGCUGUUAAAAUGCUGAAAGAAAACCCUGAUGUGUCUGAAAAAGAAGCCCUGAUGUCUGAACUGAAGAUGAUGACCCAGAUCGGACACCAUCAAAACAUAGUGAAUCUGUUAGGGGCAUGUACAGCUUCAGGACCUAUUUACCUGAUUUUUGAAUUCUGCUGCCAUGGAGAUCUUCUCAACUAUCUAAAGAGCAACAGAGAAACAUUUCACAAAACAUGGUCAGAUGUCAUCAAGGACAAUAACUUCACUCUGUACCAUAAUUUCCAACAGGAUGAUACAUGCAGCAAAAUAAAAGAAAAAUUAAUAAGAAACAAUUCCUACACAUUAAAAGACAAAGUAUCCAGGUCUAUCAACUAUCAAGAAUCAUCGGAAAUUGCAUUAUGUUAUGAACCUGAUGACCUUGAACACCACAGUGAAAAUGAACUGAAUUACAAAAACAUACGGUGCGAUGAAGAUGCCUUGAACGUUCUCACAUUCGAAGAUCUGCUCUGUUUUUCAUAUCAAGUUGCGAAAGGAAUGGAAUUUCUUGAAUCCAAACUGUGCAUACACAGAGACCUUGCUGCCAGAAAUAUUCUUGUGACUCAUGGAAAAGUAGCCAAAAUAUGUGAUUUUGGACUCGCUCGUGAUGUUGUGAAUGACCCCAAUUAUGUGGUCAAAGGCAAUGCCCGGUUACCUGUAAAAUGGAUGGCGCCAGAGAGUAUCUUUGAAGGAAUUUAUACUAUUAAAAGUGAUGUGUGGUCCUAUGGAAUAUUACUCUGGGAGAUCUUUUCCCUCGGAGUCAAUCCGUACCCUGGGAUGCCAGUGAAUGCCAACUUUUAUAAACUCCUGCAGAGUGGAUUUAAAAUGGACCAGCCGUACUACGCCUCCGAUGAAAUAUAUUUCCUGAUGAAAUCAUGCUGGGCUUUUGAUUUAACUCAAAGACCAUCUUUCCCACAGCUCGUUUCCUUUCUGGGAUAUCAGAUUUCAAAUACGGAAGCUUUGAUUUAUCAGAAUCUAGAGAGCUGCAAAGAAAUGCCCGAGCAGAGCAAAAACUCAGUCGAAACUCAAUCCACUCUUUCUGAGAAAAAUGCCACUCUUCACUAGAGAGCGAGAAGUACGGGGGUCAAACCUGUUUUUGCAUCACAUGACAUGAAUGAAAUGUACUUUUCUCCAGUGAUGUACAAUGUUGGCUAUAAUUUUGGGUGAAGCAUAAUUGUUUGCAAACAGUUAAGGUUCCCUUCCUUUUCUUAUGGAAAAAGUCUUUUUAAACUUCAGCAUAAAAAUGCUGUAUACAGUAAUGUUGGU